CAUGACUUCCACCUAACUGAAAAAUACGUGAUUUUUACCCGGCUAUUGUUGGAUCAGUUAUCUCGCAGGUUUCAUAACUUUAAUGACGCCUUGUUCACUGCCGAUGCAGCAGCCCCAAAAGCCCAAGCAGCUCACCUUGUUCCAAGCUGGCUUCAAGAAGGAUGACGCCGGGCCUGCACCGCCGGCGGCGUCCGGCUGCCGGGGGCUCCAGGCCGUGCCCGCCCGGACGGCCCCUGCACCGUCGAAGACGUCCUCCGAUGACGUCAUCCUCAUCGACGACGACGAGGAUGACCUGCUGCUGGCGCAGGCGCUGGAUGAGACCAUGAGCGAGUGUCAGGCGGGGCCGUCGGCCGGCACCGCCCUGGAGACACUGCCCGGCUUCGACGCGGCCUCCGGCACGACCUGGACCUACCCGAUCGACUACCCGGUGCGCCAGUAUCAGUACAGCAUGGUGCGCACGGCGCUGUUCGAGAACACACUCGUGGCGCUGCCGACAGGGCUGGGCAAGACGUUCAUCGCGGCCGUGCUGAUGUACAACUUCUACCGCUGGUACCCGCUGGGCAAGGUGGUGUUCAUGGCGCCCACCAAGCCGCUGGUGGCCCAGCAGAUCGAGGCCUGCUACCGCAUCAUGGGCAUCCCUCGGGACGACACGGCUGAGGUUACAGGCUCUAUGGCGCCGGCCGACCGUCGGCGCGUGUGGUGCGACCGGCGCGUCUUCUUCCUCACGCCGCAGGUGCUCAACAACGACCUGACCACGGGCGCCUGCCCGGCCAGCCUGCUGCGCUGCGUCGUUGUCGACGAGGCGCACAAGGCUCUGGGAAAUCAUGCCUACUGCCAAGUCAUAAAGGAGCUGUGCCGACAUUCCACCCAGUUCCGUGUGCUUGCACUCAGCGCCACCCCGGGGAGCGACCUGAAAGCUGUGAAGCAGGUGCUCUCGAACCUGCUGAUCUCCAAGGUGGAGGCCCGUUCGGAGGAGUCGGACGACGUCAAGCCGUACACGCACCAGCGCCAGCUGGAGAAGGUGGUGGUGCCGCUGGGGGACGACCUGCGUCGCGUCCGAGACAAAUACAUGGAGGUAGUUCGGACAUUCUUGUGCAGACUGAUUCAGCUGAAGUUGAUCUACACCAGGGAUGAUACGACGUUGACCAAGUAUCAGCUUCUGAGAGCUCGCGAUGCCUUCAAGCAGUCGCGGCCGGCCGGGAUGGCGGCGCGCCAGGCCGGCGUCGUGGAGGGCGACUUCGCCAUCUGCAUGUCGUUGUACCACGCGCUGGAGCUGCUGCAGCUGCACGGCCUGCGCAGCUUCUACAGCUUCCUGCAGGGCCUCCUCACCGGCGAGAAGGGCUCUGGUCGCGCGCGCGCCCAGCUGACCGGUAAUCCGACCUUCCGCGAGCUGAUGGGCAGCCUGGCCGCCUCGUUCGAGCCGCAUCCGACAGAUGGCAGCACCGGUACCGACCAGAUGGCGCCGGUGCCGGUGUCGGCGGCGGCGGCACCCCUCCCGGCUAAGGGGGGUCAAGCGUCGGAGCCGCCCCUCAGUCACCCGAAGCUGGCCCGGCUGCGAGACCUGGUCCUGCAGCACUUCCGGGACGGCGCCGGCGGCGGCUCGACCACCCGGGCCAUGAUCUUCUCACAGUACCGCGAGAGUGUGCUGGAGAUAGCGGCCGUGCUCCAGCACCUGCGCCCGCUGGUGCGACCCAUGCACUUCAUCGGCCAGACGGCCGGCCGCGUGUCGCGCGGCUUCUCGCAGAAGGAGCAGCUCAAGGUGAUCGCUGCCUUCCGCACCGGCGGCUACAACACGCUUGUGUCGACGUGUGUGGGUGAGGAGGGCCUGGACAUCGGCGACGUGGACCUCAUCGUCUGCUAUGACGUCAGCAAGUCACCCAUCAGUCUGGUGCAGCGGAUGGGCCGCACUGGCCGCAAGCGUCAGGGCCGUAUCGUGGUGCUGGUGACGGAGGGUCGCGAGGAGCGCCUCUACGGCCAGAGCGUCUACCAAAGGAAGGCCGUCCUCGGCGCCAUCAUGUCAGGUGCUCGGCUGCAGCCUCACCUGUACCGCCACAGUCCACGCAUGGUGCCGCGGGGUCUGACGCCCGUCUGCCAGCGGCUGCACAUGAUGGUGGCGUCCCCGCCGCCGACGCCGGGGCCGCCGGCCCGCCUCUGA